ACCUGCGGCUUCCAUCCGACUGCUUGCCCCAUGUUCUUCCUCAAGCAGCUCCGCCGGGAGCUCCUCCUGCACCCGAUGCACUUUGGCCCGAAGCUCCAUGACAUCAUCCGCCUGCGCCUCAUCGAGGAGGUCGAGGGCACGUCCCUCGGCAAGUACGGCUACGUCAUCGCGGUCACGGAGGUCCGCGACGAAGACAUUGGCCAGGGCGUCAUCCAGGACAACUCGGGUUUCGUGUGCUUCGACAUUGCGUACCGCGCGAUCCUCUUCCGCCCGUUCAAGAACGAGGUGCUGGACGCGGUCGUGACGGUCGUGAACCCGCUCGGCUUCUUCGCCGAGGUCGGGCCGCUCCAGGUCUUUGUGAGUCGCCACGCGAUGUCGACCGACUUGACCGAAGGCUACGACCACGAGAACAGCGCGUGGAUAUCGCAAGACCGCGAGGUCGAGAUCCGCAAGGGCGUCGGCGUCCGCCUCAAGAUCAUGGGCGUCAGCAUCGACGUGACGGAGAUCAACGCCAUUGGCACGAUCAAGGACAACUAUUUAGGCGUCAUUUCGGCCGACAUGUUUUAGCGCCAUACAACAUGCUCCUUCCUCGUUGUACACAUGCA